UGAAGAAUCACCAAUGAGGUUGCGCUCCUUGCAUUGUCACAGUCUGUGUCCACUUGGUGGGCCGAAGGCUGCCAAAUUUCACAUCAGCCUCUGCUGAUGUUGUGACACAAACUAUAUCAAACUAUUCUCAGGUGAUCAAAGCAAUUGUUUUGCUGUUUAAAAGCUCCUUGCUUACUUGAUCAAAAGGAUGCCUUGGUUUCAAUGCCUACUGCGCAGAGAUACACGGAACUUGAGGUCUUCAGGAAGCAUCUGCCAGAGGAUAAAGAUUUGGAGUGAAAACAUCAUGUUUCCGUUGUCCCCCUCCUGCAAAUUUAGAAUCAGUUUGGUCAGCUUUUUAGAGGCUUCUGGCACAAGAUGAAUGCCUGAGGGCCCUGUGUACUCUGACUGGCCUGUUCGCUUAGACGAGCACGUUGUUAAUGCAAAAGAGCUCUCGAGUCAUCGCACAGUUCAAGAGCCUUUCGCUUUGUGACGCAUUUUGUGUUUUUCAAGGAGUGGAACUCACCUGUCAUUUAGGACUGAGACCCAAUGCGCUUUUUGCCAUCAAUGUCUCAAGCUAGUCACAGUGACCAAAUACCCAGCUGUGCGAGUGAUGUGAAACUUCACAAAGAUGGAUCGGAUGACGUUUUCCUUGUAUGGCACUUAUGGUUUGGUCCGCUUCCAUGUCCUUGAUCGUUCUUUUGCCUGUCGCAAAGUCACAGGUUCCCGAACUGGCAACUUUUGCAGUGGAAGGUCAUUUGAAGGAUGGCGGGAAACAGCGCGUCCCUUUUGAGCCAGCUUUUCCUGCCGCAAAUCGCUUCGACUACAAAUGCUACCUAGACAACAUCAUGAAGAAGUUUGACCUUAAAGUAGAUCCGCAAGAAUAUGCAGUCCUAUCAGCACUGGAGGAAGACGGAGAAGAAGUGUCGAGCCGUUCUCAACUUCUGGGCAUCUCAGUCGAAGAAGGUGCCGAGAAGAUAUUUUCCAUCACGUUGUCCAGCACGCAUAGCCAAAAUGUCUCAAAGUACACGUUGCAAGUCUUGCGGCGCUUGGGCUUCUCCACGUCUCUUGAGAAUCUUGGUUUCGCGACAGGUCAUCUAAAGGAAACGUUCCAUCCACAGAGUGAGAUAGACGUCUACCAUGCCUUGCAAGACGUGAAGGAAGAUUUUGCCGAAGUCCAAUGUUUGAAGCAAGAUGGGGGUCAAGAAGUAUGGUGCACUGUUCAGCACAUGGAGACUCUGGGAGAUGGAAAGCCAUCCAGUGCUGAAUUCACUUUGUUCCCGGAGCUUUACUCGCCCUCUCUCGAGACUAGGCAUUCCUUGGAGACUUACUACUCUGGUGAGAGAGCACGCACCGUGAACUGUCGAGUCCCUAUUGACACUUGGCGGGAGGUGAUCAUUGGUGUGAAUAUCACCUCAGCAGACAAGACACGCCACCGUCACCUUCAAUUAAUUGUACGAAGAGACGGUUGCCGUGAUGACAGCUUUUUCUAUGCAGGAAGAUGUAUUCUUCAUUGUCCAGUCUUUCACUACGAGCAGCGCUUCAACUGGCGAUGUGGUGCUUGUGGCCACAAUUGUGAGUUUUGCGUCCAUUUCGCAAAGUGCAGACGUUGCAGGCUCGACACCGCACUGAAGAGAUAUGAGCUAAACGGUGGCAGCUGCAAGACUAUACACGUACAUCCUAACAAGGUGUACUUUUUUGCUUCGUGCUACUUGGGGGCCGCUUGCGCUGCGCUGGCUGGUAUAUACUUGACUUUUGCGCUUUGGUCGGCGACCAGCAGGUCAGCUGAAAAGGACAUUGAAGGAACUGAAGAUGAGCAAAUGCCAUUGACGACACGUCAAUUUCCCCAUCAUUGAAAGAUUAUUGAACGAUUCCUAUAAAUUCCAAUAUGGGAUUUAUUGUGGCGAACGAAUAGAAA